AUGAAGCCAUCGAAAGCUCCUGGACUGGAUGGCAUUACAGCAGGGAUGCUGAGGAAAGCUUGGCCACUUAUAAAGGAUACAACAACUCAACUGAUGAAUAAGUGUUUAGAAAAUGCCAAAUUCCCGGAUUGCUGGAAAGUAUCCAGACUGGUGAUUAUUCCGAAAUCAGGGAAAAAGGAUAAAUCCAAUCCUAAAUCUUACAGGCCCAUCAGCCUCCUGCCGACAAUGAGCAAAGCACUAGAGAGACUAAUAAUAACAAGAUUAGAAAGCGAAACCUCGCUCAACGAAAUUGGUAAUCAACACGGCUUUGUGGCGGGCCGCUCCACCAUUACGGCUAUGAAAUCGCUGUAUAACUGGACAGAUGGGUCUAAGUGCAGGCACGUCUUUGGAGUCUUUCUGGACAUCACCGGGGCCUUUGAUAACGUCAAAUGGUCCCCAAUCCUGGAAAGACUUCAUGAGAUUGGCGCAUCGGUUAGGAGCAUUAACAUGAUAAACUGCUACCUCAACAACAGGCAUGCCGAGCUUAAAAUCGAAAACGAAGUAAGAACAAGACAGCUAACAAGAGGUUGCCCCCAAGGAUCGCAACUGGGACCGACCUUGUGGAAGGUAGCCAUGUCCGACAUCAGAACCCCACCCGAUCAGCAAAUACAACACGUAGUUGCAUACGCGGACGACAUAGCCAUACUCACGGGCGCCGACAGGCCAGAAACAGCGUUUAAGAGAAUGACCGAGUAUCUGGACGAAAUGAGAACCUGGGCGGAGAAGUAUUCCCUUGAAUUCUCUGAAACGAAGACACAACUAAUGUCUGUUAAGGGUGGUCUAAAACCAUCGUACAGUAUCACAUUUGGCACGAACAAUGAAGCCACAGUCAUAGAACCAACCAGCAAAGUUAAGUAUUUGGGGGUAAUUCUAGACCCAAGGCAAUCCUACGCAGACCACAUCCUUGAACUGGUGGGAAAAUCAAAAGACCUCUAUAAAAGGCUCAGAGGCAUGUCAUCUGCAAACUGGGGCAUGAGCAGAAGAACCGCCAGAAUCAUUUAUGAGGGCGUCUUCCUGCCCAGAAUAACUUACGCGGCGGAAAUCUGGUGGGAAGGCGUCAAACUCGAGAAAUGUAAAAAGAAACUGGGAUCAAUGCAAAGAGAUCCGCUAUUAGCGAUAACAAGCGCGUACAAAACGGCCUCAACAAACUGCCUUACGGCAGUAGCCGGCGAGCUCCCUCUCGACCUUAAGAUAAUAGAGUAUGCAUUCAAAAGACAGGCGAAACUCGGCGCCAUUACACUCGAGGCCCUGAAGAUCAAACAGACCGAGCUACUCGCAGAAUGGCAAAGGAGAUACGAAACAACAGACAAAGGCGAAUGGACAAAAAGAAUGAUACCAUCGGUAAUUGAGAGAUAUUACCUUCCAAUGGAGAUGGAUCAUUACACGAGCCAAAUAUUAACAGGCCAUGGCGAUUUCCGUGGUAAGCUGUUUUCAUUCAAACUAGUGGACUCGCCAACGUGUGAGUGUGCCCUCGGAGGCUCGGAGACAGUAGCACAUGUCCUCCUAAGGUGCAGGCGUACCGAAGAACAAAGAGAAGAGCUAAAGGAAGCACUUCGCAGGGAAGAACAGGCGUGGCCUCCUGAAGACGGAGUAUUCCUCAGAUCAAAAGGACUGUAUGAAGCCCUACGCAAGUUUGCUAGAGACAGCCUUAGAAACAGAACCGAUAGAUAA